UGCACUUCCUAGUUACUUUGUCGUUUGGCUUUCUAUGCCUAUGUCAGCUGUGCUGUCCAAAACAACAACCGCCAGGAAUGUAUUUGUGCUGUAGUCACCGAGCUCAAGUCCCAGAAGAAAGAAGGAGGAAGUGAAGACUACAUUUGCAUCUCAGAUGAAAAGGAUACCGUGGUGACCCAGAAUGGAGGAUUUCAGGCAGACGUACCUGCGCCUGUGUAAGGAAGGAGGUGUGGAGCCUCAGGAGGGUGUCGUGGCUCAGCUCCAGGAGAACCGGGCUGCUCAGGGCUCCAGAUUGGAUCUGAGUGGACAGAGCCUGUCUGUGGACACCUGCUCUGUGCUGGCCAGGACCUUCCAAAAAGACAUCAUCUUUACAGAGGUGGUGCUCAGUGACUGCAUGCUCAGCGAGGAAGGUGCCAAAGUACUCCUGACUGGACUGUUUGGCAACACAACUGUGAAAAUCCUCGAUCUGAAGGGAAAUAACCUGAGAUCAGCAGGGGCUGAGGUGUUGGGAAAGUUGUUGGCAUGCAACAAGGCUCUGCGUAGGCUGGUGUUGGAGUGGAAUGCUUUGGGGGUGUGGGAUGAGGCCUUCUCCCUCUUUUGUGAGGGUUUGGCCUCCAACACUGUGCUGACGCAGCUGGACCUGCGCAACAAUCAGAUCAACCACCACGGAGCAUCUGAGCUCGCUCUGGCACUCAAACGCAACACCACCCUGGAAGUGCUAGAUCUGAGGUGGAACAGCAUUGGUCUGCUGGGUGGUAGGUCCCUGCUGGAGGCUUUGCAGAAAAACAAGAGCAUAGUGCAGCUGGAGAUGGCAGGGAACAAUAUUCCCAGCGAUACGCUCAGAGCACUUGAGCAGACCAUAGAGCACAACUCAGACAGGCAGUCCACCCUGAGAGAGAGCCGCAGCAGGACCCAGGUCCUCAGCAUGGAGAUUCAGAAACUGAAGGACAAGAAGGGCCGCCAGGUCCUAAGCCUGAUGGAAACCAUAGACAGGCAGAGGGAAGAGAUAGGACGCACCAACAGGUCCACUACCAUUCAGAUAGGCCAACUCCAGGAAGCUCUGAAUGAGAGGAAGUCAGCUGUCAACUCUCUCACUGCCAAACUGCAGAUGACAGAGGCUGCCCUCGCCCUCUCUGAGCAGAAGAACCACAACAUGGGAGAACUGCUGGCUCGAGUGAAGGCUGAGAAAGAAGAACAGAGGGAGCGACAGAGCAGAGAGAGGAAGAAAGACCAAGAGGACUGUGCGCUCAGAGAGGGCAGACUCCUCAGAGAGAACCAAAACCUGACUGAAACCAACAUCCAACUCAGGAAUAAGGUGGAGGAAAUGGAGAGCAGGUGUAAGUCUCAGCAGCAGCAGAUCUUUGAGCUGAAGCAAGAACUGACGAACAGUACAACGGAGCUCAAGCUGCGACUAGCACAGGCAGAAGACCGUCUGGAAGCAGAGAAACGAAGGUCCAAGCAAGCCCUGGAGGACAUGGACAGUCUCCGACAGAAAGAGGUGGAGCAUGUGAAUCGUCAUCUAGAAGAGAGUGAGAGAGCUCUGCAAGAGCGCAUCUUCAAACUGGAGGGACAGCGAAUACAGCUGGAAGAGGAGCUGAGUAAAGCUAAAGCAAUGUGUGUGACAGAGAGGGCCCAGGCAGAGGAGGAACUGGGAAGAGUGCGAGCUCAAGUGCGUCUGGAAGAGCAGGAGCACGUCUCAUCCUUAGAGGAGAAGCUCCGCUCGGUGCGAACCUCCCUGCAGGAGGUCCAGCUCCACUGCUCCCAGCAGAAGCAGACCAUCUCCGUGCUGCAGGCCAAGAACAGCCAGCAGAGCGUAGAGGUGGAUGGGCUGCGGCGCAGGAUAGAGGAGCUCCAGCAGGAGCUGUCGGGUAAGGACCAGGAGAGGGUGGCCGAGGUGAGCCGGGUCAGGGUGGAGCUGCAGGAGCAGAUUGGACAUUUACAGGCAGAGAGGACGGCACAGGGAGGACUCAAAGAGAAGAUCAAUGCUCUGGAGAGAGAGAUUAAAGUACUGAGCAGUAACCACAGAGAGGCGCUCCUGGACAAAGAGAGUGAGAUGUCUUCCUUGCUGGAGAAGCUGCGGCUGAAGGAGGCGGAGAUCCAGAGGAUGAGGGAGGACGAGGCAAACAGAGCCAGCUACCUGCAGAACGCCAUCCUCACCUACGUUCAGGGGUCUCCUCUGGGUCAGUACAGCAGCCCCAAGAAAUGACCCAGAGAGUUCAGAACCUUAGCUGUGACCUCUGAGCCCUCACAGAGAACCUGCACAGAUCAGGAGAGUCUGCAGAAGGAACCAAAACAUGAUUUUCUAGACUUGAAUUUUUUUAAAAUUAAGGAAACAGUCGACUAGAAUGGGAACAUCUUCCUACAUCAAAGGCUGUAUUAGAUUUACUGAUGUUUGCAACUAUCUUUGCUAGUCUGUCCAUCCAUCCAUCUAUUCAAUCAAUCCUAUAGUUCCUAGUCCUUCACUUAGCUUACCUAGAGUUUACAGCCAUGCUAGUAGCACCGUGAGGCUGUGCUUUAACCUAAUGCUAACAUUAACAUGCUAACAUGCUCACAGUGAUAAUACUAACCUCCUGAUAUUAAACGUAUAUAAUUUCCAUACAAUGUUCACCAUCUCUGUUUAGUAUGUUAGCAUGCUAAUUUUUGCUAGCAAGUAGAGCUGAGGCUGAUGGGAACGUCAUCAGUUUUGCAGGUAUCUGAUCAUAAACCAAAGUAAUGGAUAAAUUGGAACUUUGACCUGGUGAUGGUCCUAGAUGAAAAGUCAGAGAUUACCACAGUGACUACAGUGAAUCUUCAGGGAGACGUGACUGUGUGUAGCAAAUUUCAUGUUCAUCCAUCCAAUAGCUGUUGACAUAUUUCUGUCUGGACCAAAAUGGUGGACUGAACAACAGACUGACAUCCUGUAGACAUUCAUGGUCCCCUUUACAUUUUUAAAUCUUCAAUCUGAGUUUAGCAAUUUAGCACUUUCAUGCUCUUGAGUCUAUGAAUCUUUUACCUAUCGCCACCCAAUGGGCAUAAUGGACAUUUUACCCCCACUACUAGUGAAUUACUAAAUAGUUCGGGGUUUGCUACCAGCACAUUAGAUUUUAACCCUUUUUUUUGGUUUGUUUUAACAAAGCCUUUGCCAGCUGCAUGAGAUUAUUAUCAGUUUCAAAGGUGCCACAAAGUGCUAGAAACAUCGAAAAAGAAGAAAAGGGGUAAAAACAUGAAUCAGUGGAAUUUGUCUCUAACACGCUAAGCUCCGAAAAAUGUCAAUGAACUGCAAGUGGUCAUUACUGUUGUUACGGUCCAGCUCCAUUCUGCUGAAGCCAUCCCUCCACUCCCGGUGAGUUAAAGGCAAUGUUGCGUUGCUCGUUUACAUCCAAAAUGAGAUUUGGUUCAAAUAUGCCUUAAUAUUGUAUCUGUCAGACCAGGCAGCUGUCCCCCAACCAACCCAUCCCCCUUUACCCGUAGUUCAGAUGCAGAGAGCAGGAAACUGAUUCACAAAAUUGCAAUUGCUGUUUUUACAAAUGAUAUUUUCUUUUAUAAAACAAUGUGCUGUUUUUAUAUCUUGAUAUGUUUUCAGAUGUGAUGGAUAUUUUAUUUGUAUGUUGGUGCUUCACCAUUUUUGCUUUAUUUUUGAUU